UGGUGUUUGACAGGAUGUCCAGGAGACACUUACACACCCACCAAGGUCAAGAAGCACAGCGCUAGUGUAUAUAGAAAGCCUGGUGACAGAUUACCAGAGCACAUGGAAAUUUCUUUCUCUUGGAGGUCUACCAAGUAGUUCUCUAUUCCUGUACCAGUUUUUUCAGACACAGUAUACCAGGAAGCCUGCUCCUGCAAGGACUGUGUCACUGCUUCUGUGAAAGGUUUUCUAAUUGCCUCAGUAAAUCAGGAUUGUCAUACUGACUGCUUUGACGUCUGAGCUCUUAACAUGAAGGGUCAGGAGCUACCCUGCUGGCCUGGCGCUGAAGCGUGUGGGAACAGUGGGAGUGUCCCUGGCAGGGAAGUGGGGGAGGAGUGGAUAUUGUUUCUCCCUUCUCCUGUCCCACUGCUAUCCGCCUGGGCUCAGAGCUCAUGAGCUCCCGAAGAUGGCGUUCCCAGGGAGGAUGCGCCCUUGUGUUAUCCCUGAGAAUGAAGAAAUGCCCCAGACAGCCCUUAACAGUACCUACCAGGUUAAUGGCAAUGAAGAUGAGAGGGCUGAGUCCAAACUGCAGCGCAGGCAUAGUGAUGUAAAAGUCUACAAGGAGUUUUGUGACUUUUAUGCGAAAUUCAACAUGGCCAACGCCCUUGCCAACGCCACCUGUGAGCGUUGCAGGGGUGGCUUUGCCCCUGCGGAGAAGAUCGUCAACAGCAAUGGCGAGCUAUACCACGAGCAGUGCUUUGUGUGUGCGCAGUGCUUCCAGCAGUUCCCAGAAGGACUUUUCUACGAGUUUGAAGGAAGAAAGUACUGUGAACAUGAUUUUCAGAUGCUCUUUGCUCCUUGCUGUCAUCAGUGUGGUGAAUUCAUCAUUGGCCGAGUUAUCAAAGCCAUGAACAACAGCUGGCAUCCUGAGUGUUUCCGCUGUGACAUCUGCCAGGAAGUUCUGGCAGAUAUUGGGUUUGUCAAGAAUGCUGGAAGACAUCUGUGUCGCCCUUGUCAUAAUCGUGAGAAAGCCAGAGGCCUUGGAAAAUACAUCUGCCAGAAAUGCCACGCCAUCAUUGAUGAACAACCUCUGAUUUUCAAGAAUGACCCUUACCAUCCAGACCAUUUCAACUGUGCCAACUGCGGGAAAGAGCUGACUGCUGAUGCCCGGGAGCUGAAAGGAGAACUGUAUUGCUUGCCAUGCCAUGAUAAAAUGGGGGUCCCCAUCUGUGGUGCUUGUCGCCGACCCAUUGAAGGGCGUGUGGUAAAUGCCAUGGGUAAGCAGUGGCAUGUGGAGCAUUUUGUUUGUGCCAAGUGUGAAAAACCAUUUCUUGGACAUCGCCAUUAUGAAAGGAAAGGCCUGGCAUAUUGUGAAACCCACUAUAAUCAGCUAUUUGGUGAUGUUUGCUUCCACUGCAACCGUGUGAUAGAAGGUGAUGUGGUCUCUGCUCUUAAUAAGGCCUGGUGCGUGAACUGUUUUGCCUGUUCUACUUGCAACACUAAAUUAACACUCAAGAAUAAAUUUGUGGAAUUUGACAUGAAGCCAGUCUGUAAGAAGUGCUAUGAAAAAUUUCCAUUGGAGCUGAAGAAAAGACUUAAGAAACUAGCUGAGACCUUAGGAAGGAAAUAACUCCCUUUGUUUUAUUUUUUCUUUUCUAUGCAAAAUAGGAGAUUACCAACAUUACUUGAUUUGAUCCACCCUUAUAUUUAAAGCUGUAUCUCAAAAUAGUUGAGAGUGAAGAGGACCAUUACGUGGUUUUAUCUCCUUUUCUCAUGGAAAAGGAGAGAGAAGCUUGUGUAACCAUAGUUAAAACACAGAUAAAAUCAAGAUAUGCCUUUUAAUAACCCCUAGCAAGUUGUUAACAUGUAGACUGUACUUUAUCACAAAAAACAUAUGGUUAAUUUUAAUUUUGGUCCAAAUGAUGGACUAUAACUUUUAAAAUGAAAGUAAGGUAAGGACUAGCUUUUAUUUGAUUCAGAUAAAAACUUAUAAACAUUAUUUUACUAUGUAUUCAAAAGAAAAUUAAUUGCUAAUUGCUAUUGUAGAGGAUAUUAGGGAAGAAAAAUAACCACC